AUGUCCGCUCUCGCCAUCCCACAAGGAUCUACUGUUCUCGUUACUGGCGUGAACGGCUACAUGGGCUCUCACACCGCCGAUCAGUUCCUCCUCGCAGGCUACAAAGUCCGCGGAACCGUUCGCGACGUCUCUCGAGCGCAAUGGGUCCAGGAGCUUUUCGACAAGAAAUACGGCCCUGGAAAAUUCGAACUCUUCGCCGUUCCUAAGAUGAACGCCGAGGGUGCAUUUGAUGAAGCAGUGAAAGGUGUUAGCGGUGUGGCCCAUCUGGCUUCCAAUGUGUACCUUUCGCCCGACCCCAACGAAGUCAUCCCCGAAGUCAUUGCCGGUGCCCUUAACGUCCUCAAGUCCGCCGCUCGCACACCUUCCGUCAAACGCGUCGUCUACACCUCAUCUUCCAUCACCACUGGCUUCCCUCAGCCUAAUACUCCCAUUUCCACCACUCCUCAAUCAUGGAACACCGUCGUCAGUGCGCUUGCAUGGGCACCCGGACCCUACGAGGAAGAGAGGAAAUGGGUCGUCUAUGCGGCCAGCAAGACAGAGGCGGAACAGGCUUGCUGGAAGUUCAUGGAGGAGGAGAAGCCCGGGUUUGAGUUCAGCACGGUGUUGCCGAGUGUGAACUUUGGAGCGUCGUUGUACAAGGAACAGCAGUCGGAAACGCUGGGAUGGAUACAGACGUUGUUGAAGGGAGAUGUAGAAACUGCAAAGAAGGAUGGCAUGUCGCCUUACUGGUUCGUCGACGUCAGCGAUUCCGCACGCCUUCACGUCGCCGCUCUUAUCAACCCCACUGUCAAAGCCGAGCGGAUCUUUGCCUACUCACAACCUUUCAACUGGAGCGACGUCCUCGAUGCAUUGCGCAAGGCAUAUCCUGAGCGUACAUGGCCCGAAAACAUCCCGGAUGAGCCUCGCGAUCUGAGCACGGUAGAGAGCAGGGAACGUAGUGUUGAGCUGUUGAAGGCUUUGGGGAGGGACGGGUUCAUCACGCUUGAGGAGUCCGUGAAAUCGAAUGCCGUACAAACUCUUUGAGUUAAAAAGUUAUUGCAGCAAAGUAAGGGCUGUAUCUCGGACAGUGCAGAUAUUAAAAUUGUC